AUGGACUCUUCCAAUCCCUUUCAGUGCACAUUAAUCCCCUCCACUCCCCUUCCUCAUCCUUGUCCCACUCUCCCCUUCUCUCCCUGCCCCGUUCUUCUUCCCCCAACCCCUCACCUUCUCCCCCAACACCAUCGCAUCACAGGAGGGCGCAGGAGGGCGCAGGUGCUGAAGCUGAACCACUUCAAGUUCAAGCUCAACUACAGCCUCCCUGCGCCCCUGCAAAAGAGGCCAUCCUUCUCCUCCUCCACCGCAUUCCUCGCCACUUUUCCUACACCUCCCUGCCCACUCUCUGCCGUCCCCACCCCUUUUCAACCAGCUGCGAGCUGCGGUGGUGAAGAGGCCGGGCAUGGAGCACAAGAGAAGGGGGCACAGAUCGGGCAGAGGGAGCAUAGGGAAGCGAUGGGAGGGACGGGAGGGAUGGCGGCAGAGGGGAGUGGGGAGGCAGUCAAGUCUGUGGCGCUGCACCUGAGGUACGAGCCUGACAUGCUCGCAUUCACCGGGUGUGACUAUGGCGGAGGGAGAAAAGAGAGGAGCCUGUUUGAGGGGAUCAGAAAGAGGCCAGGCAGUGUCAAAAUCAUAUCCCCCCCACCCUGCCUGCCCCUCCUCGUUCCUCAGGUGGCAGUGGCCCUACAAACGUUAGGCUUCCCGCCAUCCACGCGCCUCUACAUCGCAUCAGGCGAGCUGCAUGGGGGGCCCUCCGCCCUGCGCCCUUUGCUCAAGGCCUUCCCCCUUGCCACCGACAAAUACUCCCUCGCUCACUCCCUCGCUCAUGCUGGGGGGAAGGAGGGCAGGGUGGCCGACAGGGAUGGGUCAAGAGGGGAAGUGGGAGAGAGUGGAGCAGCAGAGAGUGUAGCGGCGGAGUGGAGAAGGGAGGGCGAUGGGGGAGGGGGAGUGGGGCGAGGGGUAUUGGAGGGGCUGCAAGGGAGGAAGACGCUUCUAGCGGCGAUGGACUAUGAGAUGUGCCGGCGGGGACACAUGCUGGUGCUCAACAACAAUGGCAACAUGGCUCACUUGCUUUCUGGACAUAGAAGGUACAACGGGAUGGGCAGCAUGGUGCAGCUGUACGACGGUGUAGGAAACACGGUGCAGCUGUUUGGCUCCUCUAUCCUCCGCCUACUCACGGCCAUCCAGCAAGGCGAUGCCAAGAGCACUCACAAGCUGCGCAACCAGACGCUCAGGGGAGACGACAGCAACGGGAAGGCCGCAGUGAGAGGAAGCUUCUAUUCGUUUCCCUGGGAGUGCUUGUGUGAGAGAUCGGAUCAUGUGUCUGCGGGCAUUUAUUCAUAA